CUGGCAGCAGUCCUCCACUUGUCCCCUAUCUCCUAGUUAGUGGACUGCCGACUUCAUCAGUUAGUUCACUCACAAUGGCCAAGGAGCUUGACAUCAUGAAGGAAGUCAGGGAAGUGCUUCGAGGUUGGUUUCCGAACUCUAUAUCACCUAUUGUACGCCACUAACUGCUCCGCUACUGUUGUCGUGUCUUCUGUUCAUAACAAUAGUUGUCGUAGCUCCCGCUAAUGGCCUUCUUCCCAGCAUCUGCUCCUCUUCAGCAGCGAAUGCUUGACAUGGUCACUGCAACCACGAUUAGGAGCACUGCUGUCUGCUCCAACUCCCCGCACUUCGCCGUUUUCACACGUUCAACGGAUACUCGCAACAGCGUCGUCGACAGCAUCAUGAACAGCACCAGCACGUCAUGGGCUGUUAGUCCAUCAACUCCCACCGCCAGAUCUUCCUCUAUGACGCACAUUCAACGGUCAACAGUUCUCGGCUCGCGAUCGAGCCCUAGCUUCAUAUCGCCUCCUUUCUUACCGCUCUCAUCGUCGGUGCCAUUUCCCAAUCAUGUACUUUCUUCCGCUUACAGCAGCGUUGAGCAUCAUGCUCUUCCACGUCAUGCAUCUCUUCCACCCGUGACUGCCCGUGCACGUUCGCGCUGGGCUUCCCGCCGGACGGAACCCGUUAGGAGCACCCAGCAGCAGCAGCAGCAAGAGCGGGGAACGCGGGAGGGGGUGUUUGUAGACGUGGUGGUCCGCGGUCAAUCGUCCACGAAGCACGACGCAGUGCGGCUGAGCGAGACACGGAAAGGAGUGUCAGGGGAGGCAGCAAGCGCUGGGAUCACAUCCGAGGGGCAACAGGCCCGGACAGGCACAAGGGGACAGAGACUGACGGCUGGGCAAGCUGCAGCGCCUCCCGUCGCAAGCCAUCGUGCAGGCUUGCUGUCCUCCAUUCCCCCAUGGGCAUUGGCAGCAGGGGGGGCCUCGCUGCUGCUGCUUCUGGCUGCUGCUGCAGCGGCCUCUGCUCAGCGGCUGAGAGGAGGCAGGGAACGGAGCGUGGACUCUCUUGCAAGAAGAGGAUUCGUUUCUGAAGAUAGAAGCGUGCCGCUGAACGUGAUAUCGCAAUACGACGACCCCACUUCAGUGCUCAACUACCGCAUUGGAAACUCGAUGCUGGUUGAGAUGGAGCCACUGCCGCCGCUCACCGCCGAGAAGAUGGAAUUCCACAGGCAGCAGCGGCAGAAGGAGCACGGCUGGAAGAAACCACAGGUGGUGCUGGUGGAGGGUGAUCCUGUGCCAGAGGGAAUUGAUCCCAUGACAGUGCGCUUCAUUCCCAGGAGACAUCCAUUUGCACUCAACCAGGAUGAGAGUGAGGAGCAGCUAUCAGAGGAGGUGGCGCGGCGGCGGUUGAAGCAGAGGAGGGGGCGGCCGGAGAAGGAGCAGGAGCGAAGCCGCAGGCAGCUGCAGCAGCUGCGGCAGGAGGUGGAAGGGAGGGAGAGGAGGGCAGUUGACAGUGAUGCUGGGAGGGAUGUUGGUGGACAAGGGAUGGGCUUUUAGCAACGGGGGGGGGGGGUCUUCUCAUGCAGGUACCACACAGUAAUUAAGAGUGGCAUCCAGACAUUGGAUUUGUGCUGUAAUGUUGCCAACAUGCUUCUGCUUGGAGUCAGCUUCUGCACUCAACCGUGGUGACACCCACCUGCAGAAGACAUGGCCCACUCACUCACUCACUCACCCACACUCACUCACUCACCCACCCACUCACCCACUCACUCACUGUAACUCACACCUAAUUUUAGUAAUUAGAUGUCGCUCACAACCCUGCCGCCUUUGGCCUAGCUCCACUACGUUUAUUCUACCUCUUUCUUUGUUCUGCUGCACUGCACAUGCACUGGUACGGUAUCAUAGCUAGACAACAAGGGAUGAUAUGGUGUCGUGGACACAACCAGGACAAGGCAUUGCUGUACAGUAGAACUUGAACUAACAUUGCCCGGACCAAGCAUGCUUUGGAUGGCAGCAAUCUCCAUCAGAUUCGCGAAACAAUGUGAUGACCCAGUAGUGUAGAUGCAUUUGGUAUGAGAUGAGA